AAAAAAGGAGCCUUUUCCAAACCAGUGCUCAGCUCUUAUUUUAGCUACUCAUGACCGGUCAACAUACGGUUCCGACCGGUGCUGUGAGCUGAUACUCUGAAGCUGAUUUGGAGUGUGCAGGACACGUCGUCCCAAUUCGUUAGGCAAUGGUGGGUCACAUGCGUACACCGCAUGGAGGAAAUGCAUAGCCACAACAGGCAUCAGUGACAAUCACGGUUGGCCAACUAUGAGGAAAUGUAUAAGAGUCGUCCACACUUGGUCGACCUGAUUCCCCGUCCUCUGUAUUACAUACAAUUCUCCACUACCCCUCGAGUUGAAAAACCUUACUCCUCCACAAUAAUGAAGAUCUUCAGCACUUUGAGAAUCAUCUCUACCUUCCUUGUCGUCCUCUCCGCCUCUGUAUCCGCAAAAGUGUAUCACGUCUCCGUGCCCGAUAAGGCUUCGCCUGGAGAAAUUAUCACAGCAAUUCUUUCAUCAUCCAGCUACAUCCAAAACUGGGAUGAUUUUGGCGUUAUUUGGGGUCUAGUGCGCGAAGGACAAGAAUGCGAUGGAUGUAUAGGUCAAGAGAUUGGGUAUCAAAACCUCUAUAAAGAUCCAAGUUACCCCACCCAGCCUGGCAAUGUUUCGCUCCAGGUCACCAUUCCGAACAUUACCACGGGCUCAUACACUUUUGUAGCCGCGGUUCCCCAUCUUGUAGGAGCUUCUGGGGAGACAGGAAUCAACUACUUCACGCAAGCUAUUGAGCUCGUGUCCAGUGCUAAAAUCAGGGUCUAGUUGGGUAGACCAUGUGAAAGCGUGUAAGCGUCAGCCAGUUGAUACGUCUGAUAAUGGAGUAUUGUAAUAAGCCUCGCAACUAAUCGUCAGAUGUGCCCGAUACAUAAUGCAUGUAAUAACCUAAAAUUUGUAAAACCUAUACAAAAUGAAC